CCUACAAUAUUAACGGCUAACUAAAUGCGGACGGGCGAAUUAAAACUUGUGAGUUGAUUCGACAUUUGAAGACAAAAGAGAAACAUGGCGGCUGUACCGAGCAAUUUCGGUCCCGAGUUAGAAGAUGAUGAGGAAGAGAGAAAGCGGUGCGACCAUCGUUUCCAGCAAAUUAUAAAGAAAAUCACGGAGUCGGGCUGGUUCAACGGUUUCAUCAUGUUCGUGAUCUUUAUGAACGCCGUGUUCAUGGCGCUGGAGACCAGUGCCAUGAAGGUGACACACCGUACCAUGUUGGAAACCAUGGACAACAUCUUCCUCAGCAUAUACAGUGUUGAGAUGGUUCUAAAGAUCUACGCCGAGCCGAAGAACUACUGGUUCAGCGGCUACAAUCUGUUCGACUUCGCGAUCGUGAUGAUCUCGUACGUUCAGAACAUCGUCACGGCCGUGCAGGACGACCCCGAGGGCGGGAACUAUUUCGCCAUCCUGCGGGUUCUCCGCGCCAUGAGGUCCCUCAGGACGCUCCGAACCAUCUCAUUUGUGCGAGGGCUGCAGGUUCUGGUGACAGCCUUGGUGGAGACCAUCAGGUCAACCGUGGUGAACAUCGUCCUCCUGCUCCUCCUGCUGAUGUUUCUCUUCGGGAUCAUGGGAUACUACUUCUUCGGUUACCCCAACCACGGAGACAAGCAGUACUGGGGGAACCUGGGCAGAGCCAUGCUGACGCUGUUCGCCUAUGUUACUGUGGAUGGUUGGACAGACUUACAGGAGAAACUACCGUCGUCCAGCGCGAUCUAUUCCAUCAUUUUCAUCUUCCUGGGACACUUCAUCUUCACAAACGUCUUCAUCGCCGUUAUCAUCAUGAAUAUUCAUGAGGCAACAGAGGCCUAUCAGCAGGAGAAAAUGGAUGAGAAAGAAGCAGUCGUCGCGCAAAAGAAGGAGUACAUGCUACAGCGCCAACACGAGGAGAUUCAAAAACUCAUGGAGAAACAGAAAGGAAGCCGUUAUGCAAAUUUCACGGAGAUGGCGGCCCAGUUUGAGAAGACCCUCCGUCACGAGGAUUACGUCAUCAUGGAGGAGAUGUGUGCUGACCUGAUGUGGAUAGAGACUUACCUGACGUCACUAGACCACCAGGAGAACACCCUGUACAGGUUGCAGCAGCUGCACUAUGAGAUGGCCCAGGUGCUGGUGCAGUACGCAGAAGAAAGACUUGCUGAAGAUCCAGAGAAUAUGUCUUAGGCUAAUCUUUGUCGUACCUGUCUAAAAUCCAAGCAUAAGGAUGCAAUCUUCACAUAACAUUUAUGCACAUUUUGUUGAAGCAAUUUUGUUCCUUUUUUGUAACGUAACAAACGUUCCAAGCUAUGAUGGAUUCAUUAAUUGACAUGUAAUGUACAAAUGGUACCUACGUACACUUCGUGUAAUUUCAGUAUUCAUUUUUCUAUCCCAGACACUCAUCAUUAUGCAGAAAUACAGAAAGUCCAAACCCAUGUACACAAUAAAGCUUAAGAAUACAUUUUGCUUCAGGGUACGGAAGUAUUGUCUUGGGUGGCUGAGCUGUAUGUUUGUGUGUAUGUUUGUCCGAACAGAGUAGGUUGACAGCACAUGGGUCGAUGGCAUUAAAAGACCAGGCACAGGAAAUAGGACGA